GCUUGUGGGGGCAAGAAGCUGGCGCUUUUUCCCUGUGGUAUCCCGUGCAGAAGCCAAAUCUAACGAGCCAAGGCCUGGGCGCUGCGAUACUAGCAGGCGUGCGUAACGUUGACGCAGGCAACGCUAGCGGGACUAGAGGGCGCGUGCGCAGUGCUAGUCUGUCAAGGUCCCCGGGGGCUUCCUGCGUUCGGCGGUGGCUGGGCCGGGAGGUGGGUGCCGGUUCGCGGUGCUGCGGGGGCGUGUCCGGGCAAACUUCCUGGCCUCCCGGUGCGCCACCUCUCUCCCUCGCGGCUAGGGGCGUCGUGGACCCAAAGGAACGACUACCCCGGGAGCGGAAGUAGAGGAUGGCCCCCGAGAGCGAGUGAAGCGCUACCUCCCCAGACAGCGGGGCCCCAGGUGGGCGUGAGCGAAGGUAAUCCAGGCCUGGUUCCGAGUCCGAGUCCUCCUCGGACUUUCCGGAGGGUGAGACAGCGGCCUGGGUGUGUUCCAGGUCAGGCACCGGGCAGCUCGAAUGGGGGCUUGGGACUCGCUUCCACUGGAUGAAAUGAGGUCUUGGGUGCCCUGGCCCCCAGUAAGCCCGGGAUACACACUAGCUGCCACAGUUGCCGAGAGGAGUUGUUGGCGGACGCACUCAGAACUGCUUCAAAUUUGUCUUAAGUACAGCUGCUUCUGCCAGUGGGGAAAAAAUGAUCUAAGGGACAGGGGCUCCCCCAUGCUGGAGUAUAGUGGUGGGAUCAUAGCUCACUGCAUCCUCAAACUCCGGGCUCAAGCAAUUCUGCCUCAGCCUCCUGAGUAGCUGGGACCGCAGAUUUUAAUUUGAUUUGAAAAUGAGUAAGUGCAGAAAGCCACCAGUUCAGCAGCUAGCAAGUCUUGAGACAUUCAGCUCAGAUGUUUUUGCUGACAUUUUUGAACUCUUUGCCAAGAAUUUUUCUUAUGGCAAGCCACUUGAUAAUGAAUGGCAGUUACCAGAUCCCAGUGAGAUUUUCACCUGUGACCACACAGAAUUUGAUGCCUUUCUUGAUUUGAAGAACUCUCUAAAUGAAGUAAAAAACUUACUGAAUGAUAAGAAAUUGGACGAAUGGCAUGAGCACACUGCUUUCACCAAUAAAGCAGGAAAAAUCAUUUCUCAUGUUAGAAAAUCUGUCAAUGCGGAACUUUGUACUCAAGCCUGGUGUAAGUUCCAUGAGAUUUUGGGUAGCUUUCCGGUUAUUCCAGAGGAAGCUUUUCAGAAUGGAAAACUGAAUUCCCUACACCUUUGCGAAGCUCCUGGAGCUUUUAUAGCUAGUCUCAAUCACUACUUAAAAUCCCAUAGGUUCCCUUGUGAUUGGAGUUGGGUGGCUAAUACUCUGAAUCCCUACCAUGAAGCAAAUGACAAUCUUAUGAUGAUCAUGGAUGACCGGCUCAUUGCAAAUACCUUGCAUUGGUGGUACUUUGGUCCAGAUGACACUGGUGAUAUUAUGACCCUAAAAUAUCUGAAUGGACUUGAGAAUUUCAUAAGCAGCAUGGCUACUAUUCACUUGGUCACUGCAGAUGGGAGUUUUGAUUGCCAAGGAAACCCAGGUGAACAAGAAGCUUUAGUCUCUUCUUUACAUUACUGUGAAGUUGUCACUGCUCUGACCACUCUUGGAAAUGGUGGCUCUUUUGUUCUGAAGAUGUUUACUUUGUUUGAACAUUGUUCCAUAAACCUGAUGUACCUGCUAAACUGUUCCUUUGACCAAGUCCAUGUUUUCAAACCUGCUACCAGCAAGGCAGGAAACUCAGAAGUCUAUGUGGUAUGUCUUCACUAUAAGGGAAGAGAGGCCAUCUAUCCUCUGUUAUCUAAGAUGGUGCUGAAUUUUGGGACUGAAAUUACCAGGAAAGCCCUCUUUCCCCAUCAUGUGAUUCCUGAAUCUUUUCUUAAAAGACAUGAAGAAUGUUGUGCAUUCUUCCAUAAAUAUCAGCUAGACACUAUUUCUGAGAACAUUCGUCUGUUUGAGUGCAUGGGAAAAGAGGAACAAACAAAGCUGAAUAAUUUAAGGGAUUGUGCUGUACAAUAUUUCAUGCAAAAAUUCCAACUGAAGCCUCUUUCCAGAAAUAAUUGGCUAGUAAAAAAGUCAACUAUUGGUUGUAGUACAAAUACUAAAUGGCUUGGGCAGAGGAACAGAUAUUUUAAAACCUAUAAUGAAAGAAAGAUGCUGGAAACCCUUCCAUGGAAAGAUAAGGUAGCCCAAGGAUACUUUAAUGUUUGGGCAGAAGAUCAUGGUGUAUAUCAUUCUGGGCAAAGUUAUCUUUUAGAAGGGACAGCUUCCAAACUUGAGUGUCACUUAUGGCAUAUUUUAGAAGGAAAGAAACUGCCAAAGGUAAAAUGUUCUCCCUUCUGUGAUGGUGAAAUUUUAAAGACUCUUAAUGAAGUAAUUGAAAAGUCAUUAGGAGGAGCUUUGAAUUCAGAUUCCAAGUUAAGGCCAAAGCAACAUCAUUGUUCUUGUCAUGUUUUCUCUAAAGAACUGAUAUUUUCUGACUUGUUUAGCUUUAUCAAGUGCCUUCAGGAUGAGCAGAGUGUAGAAUCCAGCAACCAAAUAAAGUGCCUGCUUGUUGGUUUGCCGACUCUUUAUGAUAUCAAAAUGCAUUUACCCUUGGAAGUGCAACUAGUGGAAUCAGCUGAACUCAUGACUUUUAGGUGUUCAUUGCUUCAUGAUGGAGACCUGACUUACCAACAUUUAUUUUUGGACUGCCUUCUACAUUCAUUGCAACAGCUUCAGACAGGAGAUGUUCUGAUUUUGCCUGUACUUUCUUGCUUUACGAGAUUUAUGGCUGGUUUGAUCUUUGUACUCCACAGUUGUUUUAGAUUCAUCACAUUUUCUUGUCCCACAUCCCCUGAGCCCCUGAGGACCUGUGCAGUCCUGCUAUGUGUGGGUUAUAAGGACCUUCCAAAUCCCGUUUUCCAGUAUCUGCAGAAUGUGAAUGAACUGUUGAGCACUUUGCUUAACUCUGGGGCAUCCCAGCAGGUUUUACAGUUUGUGCCAAUGGAAGUGCUCCUUAAGGGAGCAUUGCUUGAUUUUUUGUGGGAUUUGAAUGCUGCCAUUGCUAAAAGGCAUUUACAUUUGAUUAUUCAAGUAGAGAGAGAAGAAAUCAUCAGCAGCCUUCAGUUACGAAGUUAAACAUGUCCUUUGUGAAAUUCAGCUUUAUGACUUACUAUUUAUCCAGUAUUUUUACAUCAUUCACAGUCUCAUUAAUUCUGGAAAACCAUCAUGUAGUUCUGAUCUCUGGGAUGUAUACAUCCAUAGCAUAGAAUUCAUCCGAGUGGUAGAAUCUAUGCAGUGAUGGUAUUCAACUUCUGAAUAUGAGAUUGUGUGUGUUUGGUGUCCAUCACCCAUGCUACACAUGCAGCUUAGAUGGUCUUAGUUAUUGCUUAAGAGUUGCACCUGUGUGCCUUCAUUCAGGUAGUUUUUUUCCAGCUAAUUUCUUCUCAGUGGCUAAUGGUAUUGAUGAAUUGAUAGAGGUCAUUGAUGAAAGGGGAUGAGCCACUCCUCAGUAACACUGGUAUGUUUUAACACUUAAACUGUCAUUUAUGGAUUUCAGGGAAUUCAUCUUGCUAGAUUCUUGAUAUUGCCGUUCAUUGCCCAUGUGCUAUAGACCCAAUUUUAUGGCUGAAAUGAAACUAGUGCACUGUCGUAUGAAUAUUUUACUAACCACAACCAUCCGACUAAAAAAGAUGACAGCUUUAAACCAAAGAUCAUGUUUAAAACAAUGAAAAACUGUUGUGUCUAAUAUACUCUCAUAUCAUGAAAAAUUUCAUUUAGCAAUGGCAUGAUUUUUAACUUCCAGGAAAUUUGUGAAUGAAAAGAUUUUUAAAACUUUAAAAUAGUGUUUAUUGUCUCAUAUUGGAGAUGUGAAUCUGAUGAACAUAAUGCUAAAGAGAAAUGUUAAUACUUUUGGAAUGAUGGCUCAGCAUCUGGAAAUUUUUAAUCUUUACUAAUUUCUUUUUCAUUACGAAAAUAGCACUUUACUAAAAGGUUAGUCACGAAAUGGUUUUCUUACCAGUUACAUUGAUUUCUUUUAUAUGUAGUUAAUAGUAUAAUGAAUUUUUCUGGCAACUAUAUUAGGUGAGUCUUCAUUACCUUGAGGUUCCACCAAGUGUAGAAUACUUACAUUCUCACUUGUGCAUUUUAGGCAUUUUUGUUAUAUAAAUAAUAGAUACAUUCUCUGAUGUAUUUGGUUGAUAAAUAUUAAUCUGAAAAAUUUUCAUGUUCUUUGCUAUUUUGAGUUCCAUUAUAGUUUCAUGAAUAAAGUCAUUAGCAGAGA